UUGGGGGCAGCUGCCUUUGGGUCCCAAGAGGACAAAAGGACAAGAGCCCAAGCUGUUCUUGUGCGUGUAACAAUCUGCUCAACUGCUGUAACAAUUCCGCCUCAUUCAAGGCCAAAGCCACUUUGAACUAGAGGGAGAAACAGCACUGGAAACUGGAGCUUGUUGGGAAAAAUGAGAAGUUAUGGAUAACUGCUGUGUGGAGGCACUAGAGGACACCGCAAUUACAGGCAGCACUUCAAACUCCCCUUCUUGCCAGAGCGUUGCGUUGCACACGCGUUUAUCUCGGUGUUGCAAGUUUGAAAAGUUGCCAUGCUGGGAGAUUUCAGCUUCAGCAGGAGCAGACAAAGAUCUUGGAAGGGUAUCAUCAUCCUCUGCUGGGAUGGAAAAUCGCCUCUUUGGCAAGAGCAGUGUUUUAUGGGAUCAUUAUCUUAUUCGCAGGAUCGUCCUUGAAUUCCUCCCCUUUUAUAAUGUCUUUUGAGAGGACAGGCUAGUAAUUCAAAGAGCAGAACUUAUUUUUAGGUUUAGUCUGAGCCUGAAAUAAACUGAGAAGGCUGAGUAGUGUUACGAUAAACAGGGAGUAGAACAGAGACAGGAAAUAGGGGGUCUUUGGUAAUGAGUUCCAGCCACUCUUGAAACAGAAAGCCAGAGAAAGAAUUACUUGAGAAUAGUUUCUCAGUGACAGCUUAAUAAUUUUUAGCUUGUUAAUUCAACAUUAAAGGGGAACAGUUCCUGCAGUUUUAUGCUGUUCUUGAAAGAUCCUUUUUUAAAGAUCAUUUAGCAAGUUAUCUUUUGGGUGUUUUCAGGGUUGCAUUGUUCGUGCUGCUAAGCGAGCUGCUGUUUAAAAAAACCAGAUGUUUGGGGGGGAGCCUGAAGUUUAUACAGUUCUGUGUUAUAUAUACACAUCUGUGAGAAGCCUUUGGGAUAAGGCUGUGGGACAGGGGCAGGGGAUUCAGCUGAAAAUAUGAGCAGGCAUUGAAGAUUUCAGAAGUUGAGGGUUGAAAGGAGAAGAAAUCGCAGCUACAUCCUGUAGAACAAAGCAGAGCGCUUGCUACCAAAAGUUUCCUUUAACCCUGGGAAUGUGACUGCUGAGAUGGGCCCAAAGCAUGGAUGCUGAGAUUGAUAUUUACAAGCACUUCACGUGGCUAAAGAGGUCACAGGUGAACCAUCAUCCACCCAAUAAUGAAACUUAUCAGGAAAGGCUGGCACGAUUAGAAGGUGAUAAAGAGUCUCUCAUCCUGCAGGUGAGUGUUCUCACAGACCAGGUGGAAGCUCAAGGAGAGAAAAUCCGGGACUUAGAAAUCUGUCUUGAGGGGCAUCAGUUGAAGCUGAAUGCUACAGAAGAAAUGCUCCAACAGGAGCUGCUGAGUCGCACGUCUCUCGAGACCCAGAAGCUGGACCUGAUGGCUGAAGUUUCAGACCUGAAGAUUAAGCUGGUUGGAAUGGAAAAGGAGCAGAGUGAAUAUGAGGAGAAACAGAACAAAGCUGAGUCAGUUGUGAACCUGAUCAGUGACCUGCAGGAGCAGAUGUGUAGACUGCAGCUGGAAAUUAAUAGUAGGAUCCAAGAAAGGAAGUGUCAAGAUAGGAAAGCAGAGCUGACCCCCAGUGUUUCUCCCUCUGGUGCAGGAGCAGUAGAGCCUCUGGGCCAGAAGAAUUGCUCUUGGUGUGAAGGUUUGUUACAGGAGCUCAGACACCUGAAAAUUAAAGUGGAAGAGCUGGAAAACGAAAGAAAUCAGUAUGAGUGGAAAUUGAAAGCGACCAAAGCUGAGAUUGCACAGCUCCAGGAGCAGCUGGCUCUCAAGGAUGCAGAGAUAGAGCGCUUGCAAAGUCAGCUCUCCAGGACCUCCUCCUACACAGAAGUGGCAGAAAGAGAGGAAGUUUAUAGGAGAAGGCUAAAAGAAAAACACCAAGAGGUUCAGCGGUUGAAGAUGGGAAUGGAGACGUUAUUGGCUGCAAAUGAGGAAAAGGACCGUCGGAUAGAGGAGCUGACACUUCUGCUAAGCCAGUACAGGAGGGUCAAGGACAUAAUGAUUGCAGCUCAUGGCUCUUCUGUCUCUGGUGCCAGUGAAGAGGAACUUGAGACAACUUUAAGAAAGUGGAAUCUUUUGAAUAAUUCUCCAGGAGAAUUCCUGAAAGCAGAGGCCUCUGCAGGAGAAUUGUCCCCAGCUGUUCUCCCUCCAGUGCCACACAAAGCCAUGGAAAUCAGUGGAAAUGUUCUAGCACCUUCAAGCAGUUUAACCUCUCAACAGGAAGAAUCUUUGGAAAUCACAAAUAGGGUUCCACAGAAAAAAAAGUCAAGUAGUUUAGAAGACUUGCAGAGCGAAUCCUUGGAAAAGUAUGUAGAUGGAAAACCAGCACAGCCUGUUGUAGAACAAGAGCAGAGUAAAGCAGUGGGGAAGGGCAGCAAGUACCAAACACUGCCAGGAAAGCUGCCCCGAGCGCUGCAGAACGGAGAGCAGGGCAUGUACAGCUCCCCAGAGGGAUGUGGCACGAGUGACAACGGUGACAGCGGCGUCCCCAGCCUGAAUCGCGUCAGGAGUGUCAGUGCGCCCGUGCUAGGAGAAACAGAGAACAUGGAUGGUACAGUGGUCUCAGAUGACCUUUCACCUCUCUCUUCGGGAACGGAUUCAGGUUCACAGUCUCCAUGGUCGCCAGAAAACAGAAAGAGUCCAAAAGGGAUCAAGAAAAUCUGGGGAAAAAUACGAAGAACUCAGUCAGGUAACUUCCCUGCAGACGACCUGGGCCUGGCAGAGUUUCGGAGGGGAGGUCUCCGCGCCACGGCUGGACCUCGCCUAUCCCGCUCCAAGGACACCAAAGGCCAGAAGAGCGACCACAAUGCCCCGUUUGCUCAGUGGAGCACUGAGAGAGUUUGUAACUGGCUUGAGGACUUUGGCCUGGGCCAGUACGUGAUUUUUGCCCGGCAGUGGGUGACAUCAGGCCACACGCUGCUGACAGCCACACCUCAGGACAUGGAAAAGGAAAUGGGAAUAAAGCACCCACUGCACAGGAAGAAAUUGGUUCUGGCCGUUAAAGCCAUAAAUGCGAAACAAGAUGAGAAGUCUGCACAACUUGAUCAUAUCUGGGUGACACGGUGGCUUGAUGACAUUGGCUUACCUCAGUAUAAAGACCAGUUCCAUGAAUCCAGGGUAGAUGGGAGGAUGUUGCAGUACUUAACUGUGAAUGACCUUCUCUUCCUGAAAGUCACCAGUCAGCUGCACCACCUGAGCAUUAAAUGUGCCAUUCAUGUGCUGCACGUCAACGGCUUCAACCCCAACUGUCUACGCAGGAGGCCGGUUGAGGAGAACAUCUCUCCCUCUGACGUGGUGCAGUGGUCCAACCACAGGGUGAUGGAGUGGCUGCGGUCGGUGGAUCUGGCGGAGUACGCGCCCAACCUUCGAGGCAGCGGAGUGCACGGGGGCCUGAUCAUUCUCGAGCCUCGCUUCAACGGUGACACGCUGGCCAUGCUCCUGAAUAUCCCUCCCCAAAAGACCCUCCUGCGCCGCCACCUCACCACUAAUUUUAACGUGUUAAUUGGGCCAGAGGCACAGCAAGAGAAGAGGGAAAUCAUGGAGUCAGCAGCAUACACACCUCUGACCACUACUGCCAAAGUUCGGCCAAAGAAACUUGGAUUUUCGCAUUUUGGAAACUUACGGAAAAAGAAGUUUGACGAAUCAACAGAUUACGUUUGUCCUAUGGAUACAAGCCCAGCUGCUACCAAUGGCACCUCGAAAAACUAUGGUGGCUACAAAGGCCUCAGUCCUUUCACUGACAGGGAACUGGAUCAGAUGGAACACUCAGAAGGCACAGUAAUGCAAAUAGGGGCUCUUUCCCAAGGCAUAACCCACCUCACGACACUGCUGAGCCAGGAUGAGAUGCUGAAUGACAGCAGGUUUCUAACUCCGACCUUUGAAGACUGGAGAUGAUGUCCCAGCACGACAGAGCGCUACCCGAACCUCACGCCUGCAGGAGGCCGAGCAGCAGGAGAGCUUUCCCUCUUUUCUGCCUCUGCCACCUCCCAUGUAGCAUUUCCUCACGUCAGGCCAGCCCCACCUUGCAGGUAACUCUCCUCUGUGCUGUUUUCCCACCUCAUGGAAUGGCAAACAGGGGCUGGGAGAGGAGUGGGACUCUUACCCAGAGUCUGGAAAGCCAAGACUGGCAAUGUUUUGUCCUUUUAUUCACUUGUCUGUUACGUGGCUUGUUCAUGUACUGUUACACGAAAAACCUUCUGUCAUUUUUUAUUUUUAUAAUUAACUUGGAGUGCAGGACUCAUUAAUUCAUAAUUGUACCUUGGGGACAAAUCAGAGGUACCUGGAAUUCAGCUGGUGAGAGCAGCAGCAAUGGCUCACUCACCACUCCUGUGGCCUUGCCAGACUGGUCAGAAAAAGCUCAGACUGAUUGAAAAAGGAUUUCAAUCUCCCCUCCCUUUCACUGUCCUGCUCUCUUUUUAUCCAAGCCAGGGCACUGUAGGGUGGGGAGAAUGGAACAUAAUACUGUUCAUCAAGCCCUUGCUUUUAUUAGGAUGACAAGCUGCCACGUUCACAAAUCCUUACCUAAGGCAAGAACAACUGCAGCAGGAAAUUGUAACCAGGAAAGUACCAGAAUAAAAGAUGUACUUCUGUAAAACACCUGACAAAAUAAAUCUGCUGCUGUUGUACUGGGCUAGACAGGACUGCAUCAGAGAGAAGUAUUGAGGGGCUGAGGUUGAAGCUGCAGUUACUUGUGAUAUCUGUUUACAUGUACAUCUCCUGUACUAAUGAGCUAUUAACAAGCUCUCUCAGUAAACAGAUAAAUGCCAGAAAAAAGUCUCCUUAGUUGUAAGGAAAAGUACUUUGUACAGUGCUGGUUUGCAUUAUUCUCUCCUUGCUGGCUGCAGGUGUGCUUUAGAUUCUAAUAUAGCCUCAGGACAGGUCACUGCCAGCCACAACACUCCCAAUAAAGAGGGAAAUUCCAGGGCUGGCCACAGGAUGCAGCAAGGGCUCUUUGAGAACUACCUGGGGUGUUUUUCACAGGUGAUCUAUCCUGGUCCUCACUUCAGCAGUGUCUCCUGACAGACCUUGCACUGUAUGGUCAGAUGUAAGAAAAUAAACACAUGACUUGAUUGUCCACAGUGGUAAAAUCAAGGCAAGCUCUUUUCAGUCACUGCAAAGUGCAAAAAGGGAAAAUUCAGAAGGAUGAGAAAUGAGUCUAUGCAUGAGCAAACCACUAAUGUUUAAUGUUUGAUCAAAGGUGUUAAAUGUUCCAGUCUGGCAAUGCAGUCAGUGCCAGUGACCAGCUCAGGUACCACGGGCAUUUGGAAUACUUCAUUAGGUCAAUUAGCCAACAGUACAGCACUGCAAAUGGGAUUGCUGCUCCAGCAGCCCUGGGAUAUCCCAAACACAGUUUCCUAUUUCUUUCAGUGCUGUAUUUACAACUCAGUGUGUUGUUGUGGAUAGCCAAUCCACAAAACAACUGAUUCUUCUUUACAAUAUAUGUAGUAAGAAAUCCUAAUUAGCAUAACACUGGUAUAAAUGCUUAUUUUUUGACUGUUACGAAUAAAUUGUGAAUGUUCCCCUC